GUGGAAAUCAAAUCAAAACAAAAUGCGCAAAAUAUAUUCAGCGAGUCCACCGUUUUUCAUCAUUCCUUUUUCGUCGGUUUCCCCUGUCACAUUUUGGGCCUCAGUUCGGCGAGAUAAUCCGUGAGCAGCGGUUUGGUUUUUAUCUCCGAAAGUGGGAUCCUAAAAAUUAACUAUUUUCAAGUCUAGUGGGCACUAUUAAAAUUACUGCAGUAGAAGUAAAGGAAGAUCAAAGUGCAUGGCAAAAGUGCAUUAAACCCGAAAGAAGCUUUAAACAAAUAUAUUUUUCAUUCCAAUACACGCACACAACGAAAAGCUAAAGAAGUUGAUUUGGAAGCAAAACAAAGAAAAAUGCUGAUUUUCUAUGCGAAAUACGCAUUUCUCUUUUGGUUUUUCGUGGGAAGCAAUCAAGGUGAAGUGCUGAUAAUGGACCAAAUCUUCCAAGAUGAAAAGCUGCUCACUGUGACCGCGUGUACGCAGAACUGCCUGGAAAAGGGCCAGAUGGACUUUCGAAACUGCUUCAAGGACUGCAGGCAUAAUGGGACAGCUCCCGGAGCUCUACGCAAAGUGCAGGAUAACUUCCAGAUGAACAUGCUGUGUCGCACAGAGUCCGAGAUUGUUUUCCACAUCGAUUGGGUGCAGCACAGCAGGGGAAAUGAGUCGGCCCCAAAUGUCACUUACAUAAUCAAGGUGGAUGUGGAUGCCAGCAAGGAGGAUAUUCCAGAGACCAAACUUUACCUGUCUGAUGAUAACUUUCUGAUCCUUCCGGGCCUGGAAUCCAACUCGAGCUACAAUGUCACCGCAAUGGCGAUGCACGGGGAUGCCAGCUACUCGCUGAUAGCCAAGGACCAGACCUUCGCCACCCUCAUACGAGGCUACCAACCCAGCAAAAUGGGAGAAGUGAAUCUAAUGCGAUUUGUCCCCCAGUCGGGUGAACUGCAUCACGUUGCUGCUGAGAUCGAGUGGCAGCCAUCGGCAGAACAAAACUGCUACUUUGACAUGGUGUCCUAUUCGACCAACAGCGUGAAUAUGGACGAGCCGCGGGUGGUGCAAUUCCGGGAUCGAAGAAGGCUAUACAGGCACACGGUGGACAACCUGGAGUUCGACAAACACUAUCGCGUGGGCGUGAGAACAGUCAACAUAAUGAACCGACUUGAGAGCGCUGUGCGAUGGCUGCCGGUCGUGGCUCCAAGCUGCUUAGAUUGGUAUCCCUUCAACUACACCCUCUGCCCUCCUCAUAAGCCGGAGAAUCUGAGUGUGACGCAGGAGCAGUAUUUGCCGAAUACCUUGGCUCUGAACAUUUCCUGGUCGCGCCCCAGUCACCUGCCGGAUAACUACACCCUCCAUAUCUUCGAUCUGUUUAAGGGAGGUAAGGAUAUAAACUUCACUCUGGACCAAAACAAGAGCCACUUCUUCGUGCCCAGGAUCACGGUGCUGGGCUCCCAUUUCGAAGUGCAUUUGGUGGCGCAGUCGGCAGGCGGCAAGAAUGUCUCCGGCUUGACUCUGGAUAAGGUGCCGCGAGAUGUCUGGCUGAGUGAGGGCAACCUGGUUAAGCUGAUACUCUUUAUUAUCGUCCCCAUUUUCUGCAUUUUGAUGCUGUGCUGCGUGACCUUCUGCAGACGGAAUCGGUCGGAUGUUCAGGCCUUGCAAAUGGAGGCCAAGAAUGCCAAGGCCAGUGACUUCCACAUCUCGCUGAUGGACAGCAGUGGCCUGUUGGUCAGCCUGUCGGCCAACGAGAGCCUGGAUAUAAAGGACGAACUGGAGGUGGAGCCCCAUUCGGUGCUGCUCCAAGAUGUCCUGGGCGAGGGAGCCUUCGGUUUGGUGCGUCGCGGAGUUUACAAGAAGCGCCAGGUGGCCGUCAAAUUGUUGAAAGACGAACCGAAUGACGAGGACGUGUAUGCAUUCAAGUGCGAGAUCCAAAUGCUCAAAGCCGUGGGCAAACACCCAAAUAUAGUCGGUAUCGUAGGAUACUCAACUCGUUUCAGCAAUCAGAUGAUGUUGCUUAUUGAAUACUGCAGCCUUGGAAGCCUGCAGAAUUUCCUACGGGAGGAGUGGAAGUUCCGGCAAGAGCAAAAUGCCAUUGGCCUGAAGAAGAACCUGGAGCAGAAUGUGGACAACCGAAGGGGCCACCGUCGUAGUUCCAUCCAUGACCGCAUAGAAGACAUCAACAACUCGAUGUUGUCCACCGUGGAGGAGGAGAGUGAAGCGGACCAGACACAAACCAGCAGUCGGGUGGAGACCUACACCCUCACUCGGAUCACAAAUGCAGCCGACAACAAGGGUUACGGACUGGAGGACAUUGAAAACAUCGGGGGUAGUGAUAUUCCGAGGGAUCUGACUAAACAGAAGCUAGGACCAGAGCUCAGGAAAGAGCCUAGAAAGGAACUAAAAAUCGAGGACAAGAAGCGAACCUUCGAGAACAAGGAAUAUUUUGAUUGCCUCGACUCGUCAGAUGCAAAACCGAGAAUACCACUGAAAUAUGCAGAUCUGCUGGACAUUGCCCAACAAGUGGCGGUUGGAAUGGAAUUCCUGGCCCAAAACAAAGUAGUGCACCGUGAUCUGGCUGCCCGCAAUGUUCUGAUUUCCCUAGAUCGCAGCAUUAAGAUUGCAGAUUUUGGGCUAAGUCGAGAUGUGUAUCAUGAGAAUGUGUACCGGAAGUCCGGAGGAAGUGGCAAACUGCCCAUCAAGUGGCUGGCCCUGGAGUCCCUCACCCACCAGGUGUACACCAGCCAGAGCGACGUAUGGUCGUUUGGAGUGCUGCUCUAUGAGAUCACCACGCUAGGCGGAAUGCCGUACCCAUCGGUGUCACCCAGUGAUCUCCUCCAGCUUCUGCGCCACGGUCACCGGAUGAAGCGACCCGAGGGAUGCACAGAGGAAAUGUUCUCUGUGAUGGAAAGUUGCUGGAAUUCAGUGCCAUCACACAGACCCACAUUUUCCGGCCUGAAGGAGAGACUAGGAGCCAUGAUAUCGGCCACAAAGGAUGUGCCAGAAAGGCUGAAGCAACUGCACGCUGCAACUGAAUCAAAAUUAAAGUCCUCUGACAUUCUUCCAAGUAAGGUGGAUCAACUGCCCUGCGAGGAGGAGCCAUACUUAGAGCCCUUGAAUUAGUCUCCAUUAGUUUUAGAAGAUGAAUAAUGAGUGCAAUACCAUAUUGUUGGAGAACUUAUUGUAUCGUAGAAUUCCAGUUCCGAAUCAGACAACGCUGAAAGGCAGAAAACUCUAAAUGGAAAUAAAAAGUAAGAUAGAUUAAGAAAA